GAGAGAUCACAGUCAGAGACCGAGACAGAGAGUCAGUCUACCCAGAAUCAUCAAACGGACCUGUCCUCCAUAUUAAUAUUUUUACAAAAUUAUUAACUGAUAACUGUAUAACUGUUUACAUUCUAUGUUAGUUGCUCGAAGACGAUAUCAUAACUUUUAUGAAGAGUCAGUUGAAGAGGUUUAAGAGGACUCUGAGCUCAGAUCUCCCAGAGUGCUUUGAGAGCCAGGGGGAGGACAAGGAAGUAGUGGAUAGUGAAGUUGCAAAGCAGGAGAGCAAUGCCAGAGAGGGAACGCUGAAGAUCACAUUGCAUAUGCUGAGAAACAUGAACCAAACAGAGCUCACUGACACACUGGAGAAAAGCUGUCAUGCUGUGGAGUCUGAGAGGAAGGCUGUGCUUCUCUGGCCUCUGCUUUGAUGUUAAACCCCUCAGCCCUGAGAGAGCUGGACCUGAGCCACAAUGACCUAGAAGACUCAGGAGUGAAGCUGCUCUCUGAUGGACUGGGGAGUCCACACAGUAAACUGGAUACACUGAGGCUGCGAUGGUGUGGAGUCAGAGACGAAGGCUGUGCUUCUCUGGCCUCUGCUCUGAUGUUAAAGCCCUCACAUCUGAGAGAGCUGGACCUGAGUAACAACCCCCUAGAAGACUCAGGACUGAAGUUGCUCUCUGAUGGAUUGGGGAGUCCACACUGUAAAUUGGAGAGACUGAGAUGCCCGUGAGCUCACACUGAACCCAAACACAGCACACAGAGAGCUCUCUCUGUCUGAGGGGAACAGAAGGGUGACACGGGUGUGGU